UGAUUGAUUCGCUCGGGAAAAAAUCAUGGAAGACGCAGCGACAAUCGCGCUUGAUUCCACGGUGAGAAGUCAAAAUUCGAGUCACUCGAAGGAAUCGAAGGACUCGGUGAAUUCUGAACUGAAACCGGAGAGCUAUCUGGAAUCAAAACACUCGAAAGAUAUUCUUAUCCCGGAAAAGCAACAGCUGCAGCAACAGCAUCACCUAUCAAGGCGCGCAGAGAAUCAGGAGGAUCUGCGAACGGCUUCCGAAACCAAGGAUGACUCUAAUCUACUCAUGUUCACGUCCUGCGGGCAAUUACUACUUGGUAUUGUCUUAGUCGUCUUUGGUAUCCUGGUGCUCGUCCACGGUGCAUCCUUGGGUGGAUCUGGUGCAGGACUCUGGGCAGGUGCAGCUGCCCUAGUGGCUGGUGCAUUAGGAGUGGUUGCAACAUUAGCGACCUCGUCCAGUAAAACAAAUUCUGCCUUUUCGUCUGCUCAUCUUGCGGCCAGUUUGAUCGCUCUCGCCCUCUCAAACAUGGCCACUAUAACGGCAUUAACGGCGGUCGUGAGGGAUUCACAGAGAGCACCGGAUGUGUCAUUUCUCAGUCUUUCGGGCGAUAAUAGCGAUAUGAUGGAAGUAGAUAACGGCUUGGCGGGUUUGUUAGCGAGCAUUGGCCUGUUGGUGGCUAGCGUGGCAGAGCUAUUAGUAUCCGGUUAUAGCUGCCUGACCUUGACACCGAAGUUAUGCGGCUGCCUGCGAGCGAACACUACCGACGAGAUGAUGAUCGACGGUCACCUGAAGACGCGCAAUAUGGUUCACCAGUGGGUCGUCACGCAAAAUCAUAUGCCGGCGAAAAGCCAACAGCCACCUGUCUACGUGGUACACCCGAUGCCAGUGCCAAUACACCCGAUGAUUCAGCCACCAUACGGCAUGCCAUCGACACCCGGAUUUGUACCUGCUAGAUCUAUUCCGAUGCCAUAUGGUGCUAUGCCUAUGUUAUCCCACAUGUCUCCAUACGCUGGACGACCACCAUCUCAAAUGUUCCGAUCAAAGCACAAACGUCAGCCGUUCGCAGAUCAGGAGGAAGCAAAAAGGCAUAAUGAAGUUAAAAACGAAUCUCCAAAGAUGAUCAGCGAAGAUCAAGUCGAUCUGGCGCAAACUUACACGGGAUUGGACAAGAGAAUUUCUGAGGAAUUUAUCUCGAUCGCGAUGGAUCCAGAUAAAAAAUCGAAGAUAUCUAGCUGUCCUGGCAGCGAAAUUGGAGGGGCUGCAAAAUCUUUUUGAUAACUUUUAGUGUUGCAGUAACUGAAGAAUUUGAUACAAAAAUGAAGCAUUUGCUCACGAUUUAUGCCUAUUUUAGAUACAAUUUUAUAUCGAAGAUUAUGGAUUUAAAUCAGUCUUAUAUACGUCAUUGAGUACCUCAAUCUCAAGUAUAUUAAGUUUUUAUCUGUUAAAUAUAAAAUUAUUAAAAUCCCAUAAAAAUUACUGCACUUGUUCCCAAGCAUUUGUAAAACGAAAUGUAAAAAGCGGAGAAAUAUCAAAUACUUAAUUAACAAAUAAAAUUAAUAUAAUAUUUAA